AUGUCUGCAGAUCCGCAGCGAAAAAUCGAACGCAAAAGUUUCUUGGAGGGAAUGAACUCUCUUCAAAUCUCGUCACGUCCCGUGAAUAAUGGUACAGGAACUCAGAUAAACAACAACAACAGCGACAACGGGAGACAGUAUAUCAAUAACAGCAAUGGAAAGCAGUGGAAUGCAGAGAUCCAGAACUUUGUAGAUAUCAAGCAGAAGGAGGACUUCAGUUUUCGUAGACCUGUUGGUAUCUGUCUCCGGAAAGCACCAAUUAUGGCGCGAGAGCUGUUCAUCGGCCGUGUCCCUGAGCUUGAUCAAAUGACAGCGCAUUUACAUGGAACUCAAUGUCAACGAUGCCUAGUUCUUGGUGGGAUGGGUGGCAUCGGCAAGACUCGACUUGCUCUCACUUACGCCGAGUCACGAUCUGAUUUUUAUGGCUCAGUUUUCUGGCUUGAUGCAACAAGCGAAGCUAUACUUAUAGAUAGCUUUCGGUCGAUCGCAGGCAUCAUUUUUGAAGUACAGGACUCUAAGCUUUUAGAGGGCAAGGAGGUGAUCAGACGUAUACACUACUGGCUUUCUGAUACAAAAAAUCCCAGCUGGCUGAUUAUUUUUGAUAACUAUGACGAUGAUUCAGACCAGUUCAAUAUCAGUGACUACUAUCCGCCAGCCUCUCAAGGCGUUAUUAUCAUCACUACCCGGCGACCGGAUAUUAUCACCGGACGCACUAAAACUCUUGAUAUCAAAGCUUUUCAGAGUAUUGAAGAUGGCCUUGCGAUCCUCGAAACCCGCUCAAAACGACUGAAUGUUCAAUCUGAUCCUUAUGCAAAGCUCCUCGCAGAGCGACUUGGAGGCCUUCCUCUCGCUUUAGCUACUGCUGGGACAUAUCUUCAACGUAGUUCUCUUACGUUCGAGCGCUACCUACAAGAAUAUGAAAAACGUUGGAACAUUGAUCCGCGUCGCCCUACUCAGCUCCAGGAUUAUCGUGAACGCACACUCUAUAUGACAUGGGAUAUUUCAUACGACCGUCUAAAGAUAGAAGACUUGGAUGCGGCAAAGCUACUAAAACUUUUGGCCUACUUUGGCAACCAGGGCCUUUGGUAUAAACUUUUUUCUGAAGGUCUAACAGAUACAUCUCUAGAAUGGAUUCACGAUAUACUCAUAGAUGAUUUAUCGUUCCAGGGAGUAAUGGCGGUCUUGACUGAUUGGUACUUUCUGGAAGUCGAUUCAUCAUCAGUAUCGUGGAGUAUGCAUAACUGUGUUCAUGACUGGACGUUAGCCGCGCUAAAUAAGGAUAUUAACACAAAUUAUUACUGGUUUGCUAUAGAUUGCGUCGAGGCGACUACGAGAGGAUUUGACAGAGAUUCUUUUGGAAAUAUAGUUCUUUCCCGCUCAACUGGUCACGCAACACGACUAGCAAAUCGACGAUUCCUCGAUGUGGUCUAUGAUCCUACACCUGAUCAACUUAAUAAGCUAUCACGCGUUUCAAUUUUGCUUCGAUCCCAAAUCCAGCUUAUUGCUGCUGAGCAGAUGAAUAUACGGGCACUAGCUGGGUAUGAGAAAACAUUAGGGCCAGACCACUUAGCAACCCUUGACAGCAUCAACAAUCUUGGGCUUCUAUAUCAUGACCAAGGCAAGCUGGAUGAAGCUGAGAAGAUGCAUAUGCGGGCACUAGCUGGGUAUGAGAAAGCAUUAGGACCAGACCACUUAACAACCCUUGACAGCAUCAACAAUCUCGGGAAUCUAUACCGUGACCAAGGCAAGCUGGAUGAGGCUGAGCAGAUGCAUAUGCGGGCGCUAGCUGGGAAGGAGAAAACACUGGGACCCGACCACACAUCAACCCUUGACAGCAUCAACAAUCUCGGGAAUCUAUAUCAUGACCAAGGCAAGCUGGAUGAAGCUGAGCAGAUGCAUAUGCGGGCGCUCGCUGGGAAGGAUAAAACACUAGGACCCGACCACACAUCAACCCUUGAUACCGUCAACAACCUUGGGAAUCUAUACCGUGACCAAGGCAAGCUGGAUGAGGCUGAGCAGAUGUAUAUGCGGGCGCUAGCUGGGAGGGAGAAAGCACUGGGACCCGACCACUUAGCAACCCUUGACAGCAUCAACAAUCUCGGGAAUCUAUAUCAUGACCAAGGCAAGCUGGAUGAGGCUGAGCAGAUGUAUAUGCGGGCGCUCGCUGGGAAGGAGAAAACACUAGGACCCGACCACACAUCAACCCUUGAUACCGUCAACAACCUUGGGCUUCUAUACCAUGACCAAGGUAAGCUGGAUAAGGCUGAGCAGAUGUAUAUGCGGGCGCUAGCUGGGAGGGAGAAAGCACUAGGACCAAAUCACUCAUCAACUCUUGCCACUGCUCGCGAUCUUGCACUGCUAUACUGUGACCAAGGAAAAUUACGUAAGGCAGCAAAAUUUCUUUGGCAAGCAGGAGCUGUAACAUAG